AUGACUAAUGACAAUUUACCUGUGAUUAAAGAAGCUAAUCAUCCUUACUCAGAUAUUGAAAUCUCUCACGGCAAAACCAAAGAUGACAUGUCUACGUAUUCAAAGUUCUUAUGUCUUUAUACGAGACACCCUGAAACUUAUGAGCUAUAUUGCAUUCAAGAUAAGCAAAGCUGCCAGUUUACCGAGAAUUGGGACAGCAUUGUGUCUCUUUUAAAACGUCAUCCUGCAAAGGUGAACAGCCAUGGCGUUAGGGAGUUAUUGAUAAGCGCAGAAGAAAGCAAUGCGAUGACACCCUUUGAUGAUAUCGGUAUUAAAGUUUCCGAAUACCAGCUUGCUAAUGAAAAACAGGUCAGGGGUGUAAUCACUACUGUUGAAAACGAGAAUAAGUUUAAUGAUUGGUUUAUAUAUCAUAUCUUAGGAAAAUUAGAGGUUGGAUAUAGCUGUGAACCAAUUGUUGAAAACACGAUGGAUUAUGCCGAAUUGUUUACUCAAUAUUUUGAGGACAACUUGAAAAAUGCUAUUGAAGACGAUGAAUGGGUUUCCAUGAAAGGUAGAGAAUAUUUCAAGGAAAGAGUUGAAUAUUUUACCAAUAGGUAUAAACGUAUCGAAUGUAUUUUGCCUGCUUUUCCAUGCAAAUCUACCAACUUGAACAAGGUGCAUGGACCAAUACCGGACAAAGGUGAAGAGUUAGCAUUUGCGAACUUGAUCAAAGCUACUAAAGAUGUUGGGAAAUUCUACCCUCCAGGUUUAAAGGUUUGGAUUGUGAGUGAUGGGCAUGUUUUUAGCGACUGCAUUGGCACUGAUGACGAUGUCGUUGACUCAUAUACUGCUCAUUUACAUGCUCUAUACGAAUCUAUCGCAGAGCCAGGAGUGGAUGCAAUCGGAUUCAAAGGAUUAAAAGACCUCUUCUUCGAGGGUGAAACUGCUGAGUCUUUCAAUUCUGAAUGGAUAGAUGAAAUUGAAUUACCCCAUUAUACUGGGACUAAAAUUGCCCCCGAUUCUGAAUUGUGUAGAAAGAUCUUAAUGAAGGGUUGUGAUACCGAAAAUGGCAGAUUGAAGAAGCAGUUGAACAUCCCUGAACACCCAAGAUUACAUUUAUUUAGAGGAUUCUCCAAAUUCAUGUCCGAAGACUUGUGUUUGUUACCAUACUUUGAUGGAAUGUCUAAAAAGGGUUUCAAAAAGAUUGUGGCUAAGGUUGCAUUUGAGAUGAUUAAGAGGAAUGAUGCUUACUCAAACUUGGUCGAAUUGGUAUUUCCACAUCACUUGAGAUUAUCAAUUCAUGCCCAUACUAACAGUGGUCCAAAAUUCGGUAUCAAGAUCAUUUCGAACUCUCAAUGCAAAACUAUUAAAUCUUUGGAUUGUGAAGAGGAGCCUAUCUUUGAUGACUUGUUACAUAUCCCAACACCAUGGCACAAUUGUGUUAUUAAGCUCGAAGAUACCGAACGUUUUUAUUUAACUAAGAGCAAGGUUGUCAUGGAUGCUAUUAGUAACGGAAGUUAUAUCGGCGAAUGGGUGAAAACCGAUGUUAACACUGGUAUUGGUGGCCAUUACUUGCUCAAGAGAGUUAAGAAAGUUAAUAAGAUCAAUUGA